UUGCCAGUUUAAAAUUGAUUGUCGAACUGAAAGUAACCAUGCCAGACGUGCCCUGCGAGAAAUUCUCUGCUACCUUAAAUUCAAUUGUAAGGGAGCUGCUGGAUAGGAAUAUUAAUAAAAACACAAUACCACAGGAUGUGAUUUUCUUAAAAGAAACGGUAGUGACAAAACUUAAGCAAAACAAUGUUGUUUUAAACCAUGGAAUUAUGGGCAGUACAACAGAGUCUUUAAGGAUGAUCAGUAAAACUGAAUACGAACUCCACAUAAAUUUGAAACUCCCGUUUGAAUUAACACCGAUCCGGGAUGAUGAUCGCCCGGGAUUUGUCUUGCUUAAAGCUACCGAGGAGUUGGAACAUCCUGCUAUCGUGGAUGGUUAUCUCGAUCAAAAAGCCAUCAAGAAUUGGAUUUACGAUUCAUUAAAAACAAUUAUUUUUUAUAAUAAUUUUGAUUCACUAAAAAAAGAAAUUGAAUUUAAAAAGUUCUAUAGAGUCGUCGUCCCCGAAUGCUCGUUUAAAUUAACCUGUUUGCCCGUGCUGGAGUUUAACUACAGCAAAUGGCCUUUGUCGGCUCCGGAUUUGACUGAAAGAAACCUGAUAUCUUACCCCUGGUACGCUGUUCCUCAAGUGAACGCACUUAUCGACCAACGAAGCUUCCUGGCCUGGUCGCCAGAUUGGGAACGCUGCAUAAUGGAAAUGAAUCCUCAUUACAAAAAGGUUGAGCUUUUAAUAAUUAGUUUGCUCUCUAAUCAUGAUGUAACAUGUCCUAACUUGAAAUAUGUUAUCCAGACCACGAUGGUGCAUGCUACGCUUAACCAAAUAAUACCAUCUGACUUAGGCGACUUCUUAAUCUUUAUUAUUGAAAGCUUGGCUAGUCACCUAAAACAGGAUAAAUUAAAUCCUUUUUUCGAGAGUAGUUUUAAUUUGUUUCGGUGUGUAUCCGCAGUUGAAAUAAAUUAUUUUUAUGAUGUCGCUACCGAUUUGAUCGUCAAUUUAAACCAAUGUAAAUCUCAGGCCUUAGCUGAAGAAAACAACCAAGUUGUGACACCAGCAACCUCGAAUGCAAAUUGGGUCCCUAAUCUACACAAAUUAUUUGAACUCUGAUGCAAAUUUAUGUAUUGUUUCUUACAUUUUUAGUAAAAAUAUGUUUUACUUCUUAAAAUUAAUUACAAUUAGAAUCUUAAACUUUGUUUGAAUUACAUGAAUAAAAAAAUACAUACAUAUGUAU